AUGUAUCUAUUGAACUUUUGAAUUCACUCGUGCAACACCACGCCGUUGCAUCCUUUUCCAGUAUUUGCUCUGCUGUAUCCUUUUUUCUGUAAUGCGUAUGUGUCACCAUUACCCUAUUCAUCACAAGCAUGGGCUAUAACAAUAUUGGUGGCUAUAUUGAGACAGAAGUACGGCAUGCAGAUGCUCCAUAUACCUUCAAUAACCGCACAUCGUGGAUGGAAGUCUGAAAUCCUUGCAAAUCUAUUCACAUCCCUUCGAGAGCAAGAAACCAUUCCGGAAAUCACAAAGAAAGAAAGCUCUGGUCUCGUUCUUGCCAAAGAUAUAGAUAGUGGAUUGCAUGUUCUAGCUGAGGUCAAUGACCUGCCUCCACCUUGACUCGACGUGUUAUUGUAUCUAUGUUACUUCCAUGGACAAAGUUUAGUUUUGCCUGAAUAAAGAAAAUCGCCCGGUAACAUUCCAGGAAGGAGUUAACCAAAAAUAACGGAUCUGAAUCGAUAUAUACUGGGCUUCUCGAUCAUUUAUCAUAGUGUGCAGUGUGACAAAAAAAG